UCUGAUCGGGGAGCUCUUCCAAUUCCACAAUCCAUUAACUUUUUUGUAGCCUCAAACAAUAGUUUUAGUGGGGAAAUUUCUUCUCGGAUAUGCAAUAUAAGUUAUCUUGAGGUUCUGGACUUGUCUCAUAACAAUUUCAGUGGAGCCAUUCCACAAUGUUUUGGAAACUUAAGCAAAAGCCUCGGAGUGUUGAAUUUACGAAUGAACAGGCUUUAUGGAAGCAUUCCUCCUCGAUUUGCAGAGGGCUGUGAAUUAAGGAAUCUCAACUUGAAUGGCAAUCAAUUGGAAGGGCCAUUGCCACAGUCUUUGUCCCAAUGUAAGAACUUGGAAGUUUUGGAUCUUGGCAACAACAAAAUAGAUGAUACAUAUCCUGCUUGGUUAGAAAUGCUACCAAAACUACAAGUUCUUGUUUUAAGGUCUAAUAAGCUUCAUGGCUUCAUAACCGAUUUCGGGGUUGAACACUCUUUCUCCAGCUUAAGAAUUUUUGACAUCUCCAACAAUGACUUCACUGGUACAUUGCCAGUCAGGUUGUUCCAAACAAUGAAAGCUAUGAUGAAUGCCAGUGAAGGUGCCAGUUCUUUUCAAUACAUGAAGGAAGAAUUUAAUCCAUAUGAAUAUUCAAUGACUGUGACAAUGAAAUCAUUGGUAAUUGUGAUGAAAAUUUCAACCAUAUUCACAAGUAUUGAUCUUUCUCUCAAUGAGUUCCAAGGCAAUAUUCCAGGAGUAAUUGGAGAACUUCAUUCACUUAAAGGACUCAACCUUUCUCAUAACAGAUUCGAUGGUCUAAUUCCACCUUCCAUGGGAAAUUUGAGAAAUCUUGAAUGGUUAGACCUCUCUUCAAACAAUUUGAUUGGAGACAUUCCCCAAGAAUUAACAAGUUUGACGUUUUUAUCCGUCUUAAACCUUUCUCACAACCAUCUUACCGGAAGGAUCCCUCUUGGUAAACAGUUCAAUACAUUUUCAAACGGCUCGUUCGAAGGAAACCUGAGACUAUGUGGCUUCCCAUUGUCAAAAACUUGCAACAACAACAAUGAGACACAGCCACCAUCAUCAACCUUGCCCGAAGAAGACCAUUCAGGCGCCGAGAAAGGAUUCAUCAGUUGGAAAGUUGUGUUCAUGGGGUAUGGAUGUGGAAUCAUAUUUGGUGUUUCCAUGGGAUAUAUUGUCUUCACAACUGGGAAGCCCAAAUGGUUUGUGAAGUUGGUUGAAGGUGAUCAAAAAAAGAAGUCCGAAAGGUUAAAGAAGAAAGCUCCUGGUAGAAGUGGAAGAUGA